AUGGAAUUUUCUGAAAGUUUAGAGUAUUUUCUUGAUAAUUAUAACUAUAGUUUUUCAGAAUUAAACUCAGAUGAGUAUGUACACUCUGAUGAAGAAGAAACUUCUCAAUUAGAUGAAUCAAGUAAUAAAGAAACUAUGAACAAGGAGUCAGAAAACAUUAUAAGUAUCUCUGAAAUAGCUAUAAAUGAAUGUAUUAAAAAACUUCAACAAUGCUGUUUAUGUAAGAGAAAAUGUAGUGAAAAGAUUUCAUCAGAUUUGCUACAACAUUUACCAUCUAAAAAUAUCUUGCUUAAUAAAACUGUUAAUAAAGUAAAACUUUUUAUUAAAUCGAUUGGAGAGCAGCAAGGUGAAGCAUUGGCUGUUAGAAAAUAUACUAGAAAAAGAGUUGAUAGAAAAAUAACUGUUAGUUAUGAAAAAGAUAAUGUUGUUCUUCUUUUAUCUCACUAUUCUUAUAUUCGUCUCCUUGCUCUUAGUAAAAUAUUAAUUAGAAAGCCAUCCAAGGAUGUUUGUGAUAAAUGUAUUCUAUAUAAGCAUGCAUUGAAAGAAAGUAUUAAUAAUACAAAUGAAAAUAUUGAUCAACAGUUAACAAUGCAUAUAUUGGAUUAUCAGGCAAUGAAAGAUAUUUAUAAAAAUAAUAUUAAAGAAGCAAAAACCUGCGAUCAUUCUUUAUUUUGUGUUUUCUCAUUUGACUUUACCCAAAACAUUGAAUUGCCUCAUAACUCCCAACAACCUGGAAAUGAAGGUAUCGAUAAACAUUGGCAUUGUGUCUAUACUGAAGGCAAAGCCUUAAAGAAGGCAAAUGAGGUUACUUCGAUGUUAUAUUUUUUUCUUAUAUCUAAAAUAGGUAAAGCAAAAGAAAUUUGA